AUGCAUCCGACGGCUCUAGCGCGCUCUACUUAAAUAGUGCUCACUUCUUAGGUAGCUUGUAAAAACUCCUGCGUUGGAGCGGGGUUGGAGUUGUUCGUGGUUUUGCAGCAAUGGACGAUCCGGAGCUGGAGGCGAUCAAGAGGAAGAGGAUGCAAGAGUUAAUGGCCCAGAGAGGAGGAGGCCAACAAUCCGCGGAGCAGCAGGAAGCUCAAGAGGAGCAAAAGAGAGAAGCAGCCGAGCGGAGACAAAUGAUGCUAGCUCGAGUGCUUCUCCCAGAGGCUCGCGAACGACUUUCGCGAAUUGCACUCGUCAAGCCGGAGAAGGCAAAAGGCGUGGAGGACUUGAUUCUUCACAGCGCUCAGCGGGGCCAGAUCACCGAGAAGGUUUCCGAGGAGAGACUCAUCCAACUGCUGGAGCAAAUCAACGAGCAAACUAAGAAAACAACCAAAGUCACUAUACAACGACGCAGGAACGUGUUGGAUGACGACUGAAAAUUAAAACUAUCAUCUAGGUAGGACUGUGAAAAACCAACGAGGGUAAUCUCUCUCUGCGGCCUGGGCGGAACUUUAAUUGCCCCAUUCCUCGUCUCUCAUCAAACUCUCAGCAUUCCAUUGUGACGACGAUUGGACGAAAGAAAUGUUAGUGACCACCUGCGCGCGUUGCGUGAUGGAUUA